AUGGACGACGAAUCCCCCACGAAACGCGACACCGCCCACUCCACCCCCUCCACCCCGGCGGCCGAUGACACCAUCCGCGUCGGGGACAGACAGGCCAACGGCGACAAGAAGAUAAAGAAGGAGGGAGGCAGAGGGGGAGAAGAUGAAGCGGACGCUGCUGCCGAUACUCGCCCCAAGUACCGCUCGUGGAAGAAGAAAUGGCGCAAGCUCAGGGUGACGUUUGACCACAAGAUGCGCGAGGCGGAAGUUCUUUGGUUGAGUGAGCAGAGGGCCAAGGCGACGAUCAAGAGAAUAGCAAUCGAGAAUGAUCGUCUCCUCGACCUUCUCACAGACAUUAACGAAUGUCCCCAAGUUCCCCCCGAAAAACGCAUCUCUGUCCCAACCCUCACCCUCCCAACCGAAUCCCCCGACUCCCCAUCAACAACACCCUCCAAAUCCCUCUCCUCCCUCGAAUCCGAAGUCCCCCACCUCUCCUACGAUCAAGCAAAGGAUUCCCUCCCCGACACCCUACAAGAUAUCACCCCUGCCGCCGGCGAAGACGACCCCGCCACCUUCCUAACUGUCGACGAGAUCGAAAAUUAUCUCUAUGAGACUGACCUCCGUCUGGGACUACCGAAGCAAAACAGCCUCGCCCCGGCAGCGAAGGACGGUGCUACUCUUCCCGCUACAUCUACGACCAGUGCUGGUCUCCCCCCUUCCUCCACCACGCGUGACUUCCUCAUCAAGUACCCCCACAGCGCAUACAACUGGCUCAAAUCAAACGCCUCCCACGUCUUCCUCCAAGGCGGCGAAUCCGCGGCAGCCCAUCACCACGACGACGACGAAAGCCACCAUCCCCCUGCCAGCGCGGCCCGCAAAAAGGGCGCCUCCAAAGCAUCGGCGGCCGAGAAAUCAUCCAAGCCCUCCUCCAAGGCAUCCUCCUCCAAGCGCCAGAGCAAAGCCGAUCGCAUCCUCGCCGAGCAGCAGCACCAGCACGACCUCUCCAUGGGCGAGGACGACGACUACGCCACGCCCGCCGCCGCCAAGAAGAGGAAGAGGGAUGAUGAUGGCGGGUAUAGGCCCAAGGGAGGGUCGAGUAGUCGGCCUUCUAAGAAGAAGAGGAAGAGCGAUGUGGAGGGGACGCCGCUUGCGGGGAAGAAGAGGAAGGUGGCUGCUGAGGAGUGA